GGCCCCCGCCCCGGCCCGCGGCGCUCCCGGGCCCGCCUCGCCGCCACCGCGGAGUCGGAGCUCAGCGGCCCGGCAACCAUGCGCCGCCUGCCCCGGGCCGCAGCUCUGCUGGUGCUGCAGCUCGCCCUGCUGGGAGCCGCGGCCGGGGCGCCCGAGGCGCUGGUGAGCGCGCCGCGGAGCCUGGUCUGGGGGCCCGGGCUGCAGGCGGCCGUCGUUCUGCCCGUCCGCUAUUUCUACGUGCAGGCGGUCAACUCGGAGGGCCAGAACUUCACUCGCUCGCCCCCAGGUGAAACGUUAUUCAAAGUAGUAGUCAAAUCUCUUUCUCCUAAAGAUUUAGUCCGGAUUCAUGUCCCAAAGCCUUUGGACAGGAACGAUGGAACAUUUUUGAUGAGAUACAGAAUGUAUGAAACUGUCAGUGAAGGUCUAAGAAUAGAGGUGCUUUAUGAUGGUGAACACGUGUCUCAGUCUCCUUACAUUUUGAAAGGACCAGUGUACCAUGAAUACUGUGAGUGUCCGGAGGAGGAGCCCCACGUCUGGCAGAAAACCCUUUCUUGUCCAACUGAGGAACCUCAGAUUGCAAAGGAUUUUGCUUCCUUCCCCAGCAUCAAUCUUCAGCAGAUGCUAAAUGAAAUCCCUAAGAGGUUUGGGGAUGAGAGGGGCGCCAUUGUUCAUUACACUAUUCUGAAUAAUCGUAUUUACCGGAGAUCUUUAGGGAAAUACACAGACUUCAAAAUGUUCUCUGAUGAGAUUUUGCUGUCACUGGCAAGAAAGGUCAUCCUCCCAGACUUAGAAUUUUAUAUCAAUCUUGGCGAUUGGCCCUUGGAGCAUCGAAAAGUCAAUGAAACCCCUGGCCCUGUACCAAUCAUUUCAUGGUGUGGCUCCCAGGAUUCAAGAGAUGUUAUCCUUCCAACCUAUGACAUUACCCAUUCCACACUUGAAGCAAUGAGGGGUGUUACAAAUGAUCUCCUCUCUCUUCAGGGAAAUACAGGCCCUUCCUGGAUCAAUAAAACAGAGAAAGCUUUCUUCAGAGGUAGAGAUAGCCGAGAGGAGAGGCUCCAGUUGGUACAGCUUUCCAAAGAGAAUCCGCAGCUACUAGAUGCAGGAAUUACAGGAUAUUUCUUUUUCCAAGAGAAAGAAAAAGAGCUUGGAAAAGCCAAGUUGAUAGGUUUCUUUGAUUUCUUUAAGUACAAGUAUCAGGUGAAUGUGGAUGGGACUGUGGCUGCAUACAGGUACCCCUAUCUCAUGCUGGGGGACAGCCUGGUUCUGAAGCAGGACUCACCGUAUUAUGAACAUUUCUACAUGGCGCUGAAGCCCUGGAAACAUUAUGUUCCUGUUAAAAGAAAUCUUAGUGAUGUACUAGAGAAAGUGAAAUGGGCCAAGGAAAAUGAUGAAGAAGCCGAGAAGAUUGCCAAAGCAGGGCAGUUGACGGCCAGAGAACUGCUCCAACCACACAGGCUUUACUGCUACUAUUACAGCGUCCUACAGGAAUAUGCCAAGCGCCAGUCCAGCAAACCCAAAGUACGUGAGGGAAUGGAACCUGUGCCUCAGCCAGAUGAUGACAUGUCCCUCUGCCACUGCCACAGGAAAAAGCCCUUCAGAGAAGAGCUGUAGUCAGCCCACGUUCGGCGUCCUGUGUACAUCAGCUCUAACAAGCCCUGGGAUGGACACCAAGCUGUGAAGGACAGCAGUACACAAGACGUCACCCAGUGGCCAUAAUGCGGCUGCGCAUGGCAGUAUUUGAGCAGCUAUUACCAAAUAUCUUUGAAUAUUAAUUUGUUUUAGGUAAACAUUGCUUUUCUCAGCAUCAUGGUUUUUCUGAACAGAAAGCCUGAGGACUGUAGCAGAUAGAGUCCUGCCCAACUGUAAACCGCGUCUGAGUCCGUUUUUACCACAUGUGUUAGUUUCCUCCCAUUCUUUGCCCACUUUGUGCCACUUCCAUUUAUGACAAGAAAGUAUUUGUUUGGAAGCCCCCUCCACAGCGCUGCUGCGCAUGCUCUCCCCUCUUAGAAGCUGCUUUUGGCAUUCAGUAAUCAUGGCCUGUCAGCAGGUGUUUAAGACAGCAGUGAAGCACCGCCACACUGGAGGAGGGGCUUUGGCUGCUCAGCUUCCAAUCCAG